GAUCAGAGCGCACGCGCUGCUUCGCUCCGUUAAAUGCUGUCUGCACGCGCAGCACUCACAGCGAGUGGCGCGCGCAUCGCUCAGCUGUGAUGCGCGCACACAGGCUAUAGUGAACUAAAACACACACACACACACACACACACAGACCCACACACACACUCGGGGGAGGAACCAUGUGGUGGUUCCAGCAGGGUCUGAGCUUCCUGCCGGCAGCGCUGGUCGUCUGGACGGCGGCGGCCUUCGUCUUCGCUUACAUCACAGCGGUGGUGCUGAGGCACGUGGACCCUCUGUUGCCUUACAUCAGCGACACCGGAACGAUGGCACCGGAGAGGUGUCUGUUCGGCAUCAUGCUGGAUGUCUCCGCCUUUUUAGGUAUGGCCACAGUGUACGUGCGUUUCAAACAGGUGGAGGCUCUGACGGGGGACGCCGAGCUCAAGCUGAGCCGGCUGAACCGCGUCGGGCUGCUGCUCGGCCUGACCAGCUCCUUCGGGAUGGCCGUGGUCGCCAACUUCCAGAAGACCACGCUGUUCUCCAUGCACCUGGUGGGCGCGGUGCUGACCUUCGGGGUCGGGGCGCUCUACAUCCUGGUCCAGACGCUGCUCUCGCUCCGCAUGCAGCCGCUCCUCCACAGCAGGAAUGCCUUCCUGGUCCGGCUCGCCAUCGGGGUCUGGACUCUGGGCAGCAUCGUCAUCAUGUUUGUGUCGUCCGUGGUGAUGUACAGCAGUCUGCCCGGAGUGGACGUCUGCACUGGACUCCAGGAGAGACGGGCUACACGGCUCACAUCAUCAGCACCGUGUCUGAGUGGUCUCUGGCCUUCUCCUUCAUCAGCUUCUUCCUCAGCUACAUCUGAGAUUUCCAGAAAAUUACUUUGCGAGCCGAAGUCGAUUUGCAGAGCGGCCACCUGUACGACACCUGGCCACACGGCGGCGCCGCGGAGUCGACCCUCAAACGCGACGCCUCCGAGUCGUCUCCGCUGCUGGCGGGAGGAACGUGACCGGCUGCUUCUCACUUCCUCUCCUCCGGCUUGAAGGCCUUUUCAUAAUAAAGACUCUCAAAGCUCGUAAAGGGUCAGUUCAGCAAGAAAAGAACAUUCCUUCCCUUUAUCGGAGAGACUUCUGCCUCCACCCCAAAACUACUUUACUAAUAAAUGAUUUACUAAUAAA